AUGUCAAUGAAGGGCCCCAUGUCCCCGCUCUCUCUGCGCGCGACGGAGCUGGAGGACCGGCCGCCGGAGUGGAUGGCGCUCAUCGCGCCGUCAUCCUCGGCGGGCCCUGCGCCGCCUCUCCCGUCGGCGUCCAGCAGCAAUGGCGGAGCAGGAGGCGGCUUAAAGCCCCGCCGCGUGCGAGUGCUUCCAGUGUCGCACCCCUCCCACGCUGACAUCUACGACAGCGGUUCUCCCGGCGGGACCGGGGGUUUCAUCGGUUCCAACUGCUGGGCGGCAUUUUGGCGCGUAGUGCACUACCUCUUCCCGUGCACCAAGUGGAUGGCGGCUUAUAGCCUGCGAGACGACCUCGUGGCGGACCUUAUAGCGGGGAUAAGCGUGGGCGUGAUGCUUGUACCACAGCUGGCAGUGGGUCCCGUGGCGAUCGUAUCCAUCCUCACAUUCGACGGGCUCAGGAAGGUUGUAGCGGAGAAGCUCCGCGACUCGGCUGUAGCAGCGGGUUUGGCUGCAGCAGCAGGCGGGUUCAGCCCCACGGCAGGCCUGGCUGUAGCAGGCGGGUUGGGCUCCACGGCUGUAGCAGGGGGCGUGGUUGGGGGGAUAGAGCUCCCGGCUGGGACUGUGAUGGGUGAAUUUCAACCCUCUCGGUCGCUGCUGGAAUUCCGAACCUCUGUUGGCGGCAGUAGCAGUAGCGGCAGUGGUUUUCCGUUCCCUGUGAGCACGGCUGCACGGCAGCUGAGUAGCAUGGGAAUGGGCUGGCUCGUGCGCUUCCUCUCGCACAGCGUCGUCUCGGGGUUCACCUCAGGGGCGGCUCUCCUGGUGUGCGUGUCCGUGGCAAAGGACAUUCUCGGCUUCUCCAUGCCGGGCCAGACGACGUUUGCAGCAGCGCUGUCGCACAUAAUCAAGCAGAUAAUGGCGGGGAAGGCUCACUGGGAGCCCAUGGCGCUGGGAGGGGGCGCGCUGCUGCUGCUCCUGCUGAUGAAGGAGGCGGGCAAGAGCUGGAAGUCGCUGCAGGUGCUGCGAUGUGCCGGACCCUUCACCAGCAUUCCCUCCCUCUCCACGGCCUUCCCCUGGGAGUACUUCCCAAACCUACUCCCCACAGCGCUGGUCAUCACAGGAGUAGCCAUCUUGGAGUCGUGCGGAAUAGCCAAGGCGCUCGCAGCACGCAACGGCUACGCCAUCAACACGCUCCUCUUCUGCCCCUUCCCCACUUCCCACCCCAACUUCCCUUCCACCGCAGCUCUCGUGAUAACGGGGGUGGCCAUCCUGGAGUCAUGCGGAAUAGCCAAGGCGCUGGCAGCACGCAACGGCUACGCCAUCGAUGCCAACCAGGAGCUCUUUGGGCUCGGCAUGGCGAAUGUCAUCGGCUCCUUCUUCUCCUCCUUCCCCACCACCGGUUCCUUCUCCCGCUCGGCAGUGAACAACGAAGUGGGAGCGCGCACGGCACUGAGUGGGCUCAUCAUGGCUCUCAUGGUCGUGGCCACGCUGCUCUUCCUCACACCAGCUUUCAGAGACGUGCCGCAGUGCGUGCUGGCAGCGGUGGUGGUGAAUGCAGUGCAUGGCCUGGUGGACCUACAGGAGCCGCUCUUCCUGUGGCGAGUGGAGAAGAAGGACCUCGUGCUCUGGCUGUGCGCCUUCCUUGGGACCCUACUCCUUGGCCUGGAGACUGGCGUGCUCAUCUCGGUGGCUCUCUCUCUCGUCUUUGUCAUUCACGAGUCUGCCAAUCCGCACAUGGCCGUGCUGGGUCGCCUACCAGGCACCACGGUCUACCGCAACGUGAAGCAAUACCGCGACGCAUACACGUACAGGGGCGUGGUGAUUCUGCGCAUUGACUCGCCCAUCUACUUCGCCAAUGUGGAUUACAUCAAAGAGAGGCUGCGCAAGUACGAGCUACAGAGGGUGGCGUGGUGGAAGGACGGCAGCAGCGGCAGCAGCGGGGGCAGGCUGGCAGGCAGCAACGGACAUGCUGUCAUGGACCUGCGCUUCCUCAUCCUCGAGAUGUCCCCCGUUACUUAUAUCGAUUCCACGGCCGUGCACGCCCUCAAGGAGCUCUAUAACGAGUACAAGGCGAGAGACAUCCAGCUGUGCUUCUCCAACCCCUCGCCCAAAGUCAUGCUCACCAUGGCCCGGGCCGGCUUCCCUGACCUGAUCGGCCGCCAGUGGUACUUCGUGCGAAUCCACGACGCUGUUCAGGUGUGCCUUGCCCUGCUGGAAGAUACAGAGAUCACCAUCGAAACCCCUUCACGCUACCAGCGAGCAGAUUCGACAGCAGCCAGAGCAGCUGCGUCUCAGGCAGGAGGGAGCCGGCAGCAGCAGCAACCGCAGGGAGGACCCCAGGUGUCCCUGCAGGUGUCUCCCACACCAGGCCUCACCCUCUCCCCGCACCUGUCUGCCAGCUUCGUGAAUCUCGCCCAGGCUGCCCAACGAGCCAGCAGCUCCAACUCUGAAGCCUUCCGAGACUCUGACGCCAUGGAUCGCGGCUCAGCUGCCGCUGAUCCGUUUAGGAUUGAGAUAAGCUAUGACGAUUUGUUCCCGCACAUAGUGUACCUGAACGACCUGAGACACGAUCCGGACAAGGUCAAGGAUGGAUCAGCGGCGGCGGGCGAUUCGGGACUUGUCUCCAAAUGGAGAAUGAAGGAUCGGAUGAAGACGAGCAGCGUGGCCAUCGUGUUGUGUCUCAACAUCGGAGUGGACCCGCCUGACGUCAUCAAGAUCUCGCCCUGCGCGCGAGUCGAGUGCUGGAUUGAUCCCUUCUCAAUGAAUGCACAGAAGGCCCUGGACACCAUAGGGAAGAACCUUCAGGCGCAGUACGAGCGCUGGCAACCCAAGGCGCGCUACAAGGUGCAGCUAGACCCCACGGUGGAGGAGGUGAAGAAGCUGUGCCUCACGUGCCGCCGCAACGCCAAGGCAGAGAGAGUGCUGUUCCAUUACAACGGCCACGGCGUGCCCAAGCCCACGGGCAACGGGGAGAUCUGGGUGUUCAACAAGACGUACACGCAGUACAUCCCUCUGUCCGUGUACGAGCUCGACUCGUGGCUCGCCACGCCCUCCAUCUACGUCUUUGACUGCUCUGCCGCUGGCAUGAUCAUCAACGCGUUUGUAGAGCGACCGGACUGGGCCCUAGCAGCACCGUCCAGCCCCCUCGCGUCCCCAACAGCAGCCAGCAGGGAAGCAGCAACCGCCACAGCGGCAGCAGCAGCGGGCAUGCGCGAUCGCAUACUGCUGGCAGCGUGUGGCCCAGAGGAGAUUCUCCCUCAGCCGCCUGAUCUGCCAGCUGACCUCUUCACUGCGUGCCUCACCACCCCCAUCAAAAUCGCUCUGAGAUGGUUCUGCACGCGCUCGCUCCUCCGAGACUCCCUGGACCCCGAGAUGGUGGAGCGCAUUCCCGGGCGGCAGAGUGAGCGCAAGACGGCGCUGGGCGAGCUCAACUGGAUCUUCACGGCCGUCACCGACACCAUCGCCUGGAACACCCUCCCCACGCACCUCUUCCAGCGGCUGUUUAGACAGGACCUGCUCGUCGCGUCGCUGUUUCGGAACUUUCUGCUCGCGGAGAGGGUGAUGAGAGCGAGUGGGUGCACUCCUGUUUCUUACCCACGGCUCCCACCCACUCACCAGCACCAUUUAUGGUAA